CGAAAUUGUUGAUAUAAUUCAGAAGAAAGAUUAUAGUACAAAUUGGAUAAUAUUUUUUGUUUUAUCUUUUUUAAUAAUGUGGUACAAUAAGGAGCUAUUGUUAUGUAAAUAAUUAAGAUAAUGAAAUUCUGUGUAUAAUCAUAGACGAGGUGUGCAAUAUAGUUAACGCAUGUCUUGUUUUGUAACCAAACAUGUCAGUAUUUAAAAAUGGCCGUAGAUGCGAGUAACUAGAUGUAAUUUUCGUCGGACUACAAUCGAUAUACUCUUGUAAUCGUCUCGGUAAAUGCGUCAAUGGCCUAACUUAUUUAUGGUAUAUUCCAUUCUUUUUAUUAGCCUGCCAAGUAUUUUGACGUAAGAACCUCGUGAAUACCGAUUUAUAUUUUUGAUGCUACAUCUUGCUCAUAACAUUUGGCGAAACCAGAAUUGAUUCAGUUACUCAAUAUUUGUCUGGGAUGUUCGUUCCUCUAUAAUCAGCUCGUCGAUCUGGGCAGCAAGGUUAACUGUGGAAAGCCAUUGAACAAAAAGAAAUACUUCUUCAACAGUGUAAGAAUAUUUAUAGAGAAACACCAUGUCAUCUGGUUUUAACGAUGGUCCACAGAACACAGGCACACUUCCGAAAAGCAAUAGAAGAAAUGAUAGAAAUAGGGAACGGUCAGCUGCUAAUCAAUUUGUAAAUCAUUCUUCUUAUCAUGGACAUGCACAACAUUCUAACAAUUUGUACCAACUUGACUGGAAACCAGUUAGUGAAAGGGAUCAUUUAAGGAUAACAAAGAAUAGUAAUACAAGAUCAGUUCCUCCAGUACCCUCUACAUCUUAUCAGGAUAUAUCUGAAUUUGCAUCAUAUACCUGUGGAAGGCCAUACAAUUACAGUGCAGAAGAUUGGCAGAAAAUGGUUCCACCUACAGAUUCUCAAACUCAAUCACCUUCACGAUUUGAAGGAAGGAAACCCUCUAAUGUUGAUAAAAUGCCUGAUAAAAGUCAAGUAGAAGCUCGCUUAAAUAAAAUCAGAGAGUGUAUCAGAGUUACGUCAACACUAAUGGAUUCACUUGUUCAAUCCACUGAUCCAAGAGCACAGGCACUAAAUGAGAAAUUGGGUACUAUGUUAGAGGACCUUUAUGAUAGUGAGAGAAAAUUAUCCAGACUUUUAGAACAGUAUGAAGACCAUGAGAUGUUCUACGAGAAUGGAGAUGAAAACGGCGAGUUAAGUAGAGAAACGAAAUUACGCAAAAUGGAAGAAUUACAGAGAAAACUUGCACACUUGAUGAAACAUCAAGCUAGCGUUGUUGGGAUGCAAUUAAGUGUUACAGAAAGAUUAAAUGAAGCACGCCGAGCUCAGCAAGCUCUUUUACAACAGGAAAAUCAAAAUGAAGUUGUCUUAAGUCAAUCAUUACCUGUAAAUGUCGAGCAACUUGAAUCUGCAACAGCAAAAUUGGCACAACUCCAAACAAAGAAAAAACGCAUGGACCACAUCGUCGCAGAAUUACACGCUAUAGAGAUGAUGUCUGACAGGGGUAGCUGUAGUUCUGAAGGUUCAAGAAAUUGUAUAAGAGAUAAAUCCGCUGAAUUGGAAGCCAUGAAAGCACAACUUGCUCAUUUAGUAGCAUUAGUGGCCGAAGUGACAAGAUCUCGCGAAUGUCCUGAUUCAAAUUCUGACCCCGAACCAGAAGUAGACAUAAAUGGUGAUAUGACAGCUGCUUUAAAUGCUAACGAAGAAGAAGGUGGAACAAACAUUUCGUUCGAACGUCAAAACGAUGUCGACGACAAAAGUCAUGAAAAAGCUAGAAAUACAGAAGAUAGAUUAUCUGUUGAAGAAAUACAGGCUUUUACACAAGAGUUACGAGAACAGUCUGCUCUACUACAAAGUACCAGAGUAGAAUUACAACGGUUGAAAAGACCAGCGGCUUCGACGUCAACAGCAGCUCAUUCUAAUUCCACAACUGUUUUCCCCACUCCAACUCCUCCCCCAUCAGUCACAACUUCAACCAGUUCUGAUAAAAAACUGGACAAUAACAGUAAUUCAGAGACUCAACCAAUUCAAGGAAAAAUACGUCAAAUUGAAGAUUGUAUGCGAAAGGAUUCAUCACAUUCAUCUAGCGUUAAUCGUGACUUAGGAGGACCAACUGAUUUAAAUAGUCAAAGGAGUUCCAAUUCUCAUGUCAGUCACACAAGUACUCCUGCUAAUGUAUGGCCUCCUUCAGCUGCAACAGGAGGAUCCAAUGAUCAAAGUGUAGAUGGUGUAUCAACAGAAAAUUUAAUGGAUAUAGGUGCUCAAACAACAGCAAUUGAAAAUGGAUUUAAUGGAAAUUGGUGGACAUACCCACCACCUCCAUUAAAUCAAGUACAACACGGCUCGUCUGAAUAUUAUCGGCAAUUAGUAUUAGGAUCUCAAGCUCAACAACUUCAGAUGAUGGGUACUACAAUACAACAAUGUUGUCAAUUAUUAUGGUCACAGCAGCGUGAACUACAAGCCAUGCGCACAGCUAUUAAUCAGCUACAAGCACAAUUGAGACAAUCCCAUUUACUACAGCGAAGUAACAACAGUGAAAAUAAUGACGAAUAUUCUAAUUUAAGUCGUAACGCUCAUCAUCUCGGUGAAACGUUAGAUUCUACAUUACCGCCAAGUUCGUCUUUACCAAAUUUGGUAUCAUUACCGAACUCUUCUCCUGCAUUAUCUCAUAAUGCUGCAUCAACUUCUGCUAACUCUCAACAGCAACAACAGCAACUGAAUAAUCAAGUACCACCUGGGAAUAGGGCAAACAACUAUUGGGAUAAUUUCAGAAGUUAUUCCAGACAAAACUUACUCUCUGGGAAUGCAAAAACUGUGACUGAUGCUAUGACAGGAGCAGUUGGAAAUUCAUCAUCCACUGGAAAUACUAUGUCAAGUGUGAAUACAUCUCUUCUGAAGGACAAACGCAAUAGGGAUCAAGGAGCUGAUAAUUUACCUUUGCCCUCAUUAAGUGUUGCAGAAGCACAAUAUUCAUUAAACUUACAACUGCCGUCUAACUUGCAACAACAAGAGAGAGAAAACACUGUAACACAUAGUAAUAUUUUAACAAAUGAAGUAUCACAACAACAAGUUGAUAACUUUUGGGAAGAAGCACAUUCAUCAUUUCGUUUACCACCUGUCAUAAAUGAUGAACAUCCACUUCAAAAUAUAAGUUCAGAAAUGAAGGAAAUCCUAAGUUUAUUAAUUUCGGUAAAUAAAAAACAACCGGAUUAUUUGGUCACUGUAUUAAGGGAAAUUAAAAACAUAAGCGAAGAUCAUAGAUUGCGACCUCGUUUACUGAGAUCACUACGCGCUCUGCAGGAUAUGCAACCCCUGAGCAAUCCACUGAAUGAAACUACUGAUCAAACUGCUAGUGAAAGUUGUCAAUCCAGUGAUGAAGAUUCUGAAAUAGAUGCAGUAUUGGAUGCUGCACAAUUAAUUGUAACAUCUCAAGCAGGAAGCUCAAUGUCUCCUACUGCACAUGUACCACUGUUAGAUAACAUGGAUAUGCCUGGAACAUCUUCAACUGAUUCUGCAUGUGCUUUGCCUAUUACAUCUACUAUUAAACCUGGUUAUAAUGAAGACUUGGCAGAAGCAGAUCAAUCAAGACCUGAAUCAUCUGGCAAUAAACAGUCUUGUAUGAAUGAAGAAGACGAUGAUCAAGGCCAGGAGGAGGCAAUUGGACCAUUAGCUUUUGCUCAAACAACAUUUGAUGAUGAAAUCAACAUAGAUUAACUUAAUUCUGUUUUUAUGUCAAAUAGACUUCUAAGAUUUUAGUUUUUAAGUAUUACGUUUUUACUUACUUUAAUACUUCUUAAAGUUUCAAUAUCAUUCAGUUAUCUUCCUAGAAUAAAAAUUGUAUCAGGAAACAUUUGUAACAAUAACAUACAUUAUUCAGA